AUGUGCCCCCGACGGCUGGCCGUGUGGGCCGCCCUGGCAGCGAAGCUCCGGGGCUUCCAAUCUGCAGUGCCACCCGAGGAGGCGCGGGCGCUGGGGCGCUUCUUGGAGACGUUUCCGGAGCUGAGCAAAGACCCGGAGCUCUCGCCGCUGGUCCUCAGCUACACCUUGGCCCUGCUCUUCGCGCCCAGCUCGCACCUCGCGAACACAGCGCCGGCGCCGAAGGCUCCGCGCGGCGCCGGCGAGGGAACGACGGAGGUGCUGCGUUCGUCGCCCUUCUGCAGUUCCCAGGCUCUGCUGGCUCUGCCCAGCUGCGCCUUGCCGCGGCGCGGAAGGCGCGGCGCGCAGCGGCCGCGCCGCAGCCGGGUUCCGCCGCCGCCGCAGCCGUCGGGCGAGGUGCUGCUGCCGCUGCCCUGCGUCUUCUGCAAAGCCUCACAGGGAGUCACCCGACAAGGACGACCACAGUGUGCCUGCGGUGCUGAGUUGCUGACGCUGGAGUGGUCGCUGCUGGACGCGCCGCUGCUGGACAUCUGGGCGACGCGGCAGGUGCUGAAGCCGCAGGAGCUGCUCCGCAUCAUGGCCCGCCUGCGCCGCUCGAAAGUGAAAAAAAGAUAA